AUGCUACAUCCCAUAGCGCCAUCGACGAGCAGUAGGUGUGGGACGCACAGCAGUUGGACGCCACCGCCAACUUCACGGCCAGCAACUGUGCGGUUAGACUCUCGACCAGAUGUCGCUCUCCUCAGGCUACAACUGCUUCCUCACUUAUCCUCAGGUGAUAGUUCUGCAAUACCUAUUUUUGAGAUUACCGUACUGUUACUGUUUGUCCUCGAAAAGAGUCACGGAUUCGUUGCUGUCAGCCUCCCAACAGAUGUUUCUGUGAUUUUUAUGAGACACGACGAAAGAGAUUUCUUACGUUCGAACUAA